AUGUGUUACGGGUAUAACGCCCAGACCACUGCUUUCCUCUGCAUUCUUUUGCUUGCAAGUUUGAUUUCCGAAACACCAUUUUCACAUACAGAAUCAAUAGUAGAUAGAGUUUUCCGCUGGAGAUACAAAGUUCACAUCCUGAACGGGAUGCCGGACAAUGCUAUGCCGUUGGAGAUCGGUUGCCGGUCGAACGAAGACGAUCUCGGCCGCCACACUCUCUGGAAGGACCAAGAAAUCAAGUUCAACUUCACCGCUCAAUGGUUUAAGAAAACACAUAAUGUGUGCAACUUCUACUGGGGAUUCAAGGCUUUUAGAGAUGUCGCUGUCCUGGAUGAGGUUGCGGAAAGUGGACAGAAAGGUAAUUGCCUCUGGAAAGCAGCUCCCGAGGGGAUUUAUUUUAGCUCUGAUUUCCAGAAUUGGGCGCUCACAUAUGGUUGGUGA